ACACAGAGCAACAGCAGUUACGUCACACAUCGGGAAUGCAGUGAGGAGCUGCCGCUGCUGCUAAAGGCCUCAGGAUCCGUCACAAAAUGAGACUGAAGGGAAGAGGAGAGCCACUGUGAAGGUACUGUGAAAGAAGCCUGCCAUGUCCGGUCCCACCUGGCUUCCCCCGAGGACUCUGGAUAGCCCCGAGCGAGCCGUCCCCCAGAUGUCUCACUCCGCUGGCUCAGCAAUCUACCGAGCCCCCAACAAGAAGGGGACGUCCGACUUCCGGCCAAAAUAUGGCCCCUACGACCAGAACGGUGGAGGAGGAGGAGGAGGAGGUGGUGGUGGAGGAGGAGGAGGAGGAGGAGGUGGUGGUGGUGGAGGAGGAGGUGGGAUGGCCAACAGGUACAUGGCUACCGGACCCACAGGUGGGCCCAUUCAUCACUCGUCUAGCGAUCACUAUUACUCCCCUCCCCAUGGUCCCAAAGAAGACCGCACCUGGAGCCCUCACAUGGACAGCUACGAGCUGAUGCACCGUGGUCCUGAAAAGCCGGCGAGCUAUCACUCCAAAAUCGACGCCGAUAUCGACUCCCUCACCAGUAUGCUCGCUGAUCUGGACAGCCACCCGCAGGACGCCAGCACACAACUGUACGACAACGUGCCUUAUAACAAGUACCUCUCAGGGGAUCACUACAAGCCUGCGCACCAGAGUGCGGGUCCUCCUCCGGGUCGGCCGUCCAUGGGCUACCCCCCUCAUCCCCAGAGCCAAUACCACCCAGCGCCCCGCUACCCCAGCGAGCACCAGCCCCCUCAGUACUCCACCUCCCACCAGCCGGACUACUACUCCCCCUCUCCGACCCCGAAGCCCUACCCUCAGCCCGUCCCGGCCUCCUACACCACGGCCUCGACUCCGACCGGGCCCAGGUUCAGCGUCCAGGUGAAGACGGCUCAGCCCGUCACCUACUCCCAGACGGGGAGGCAGGCCGAGCAGGCCUACACCCCGCCCCCUCCUCGCCAGCACGUGUCCCGGCCCCAUCCCCAGACGAGCCCGCAGGGCUGGUACCCGCCGCAUCCCGGCUCGCAAGCUCAGGAGAUGCACUCCGAGGUGGUGUACAAGGGGAGCGCCGCAGGACCGGGAGGAAGAGUUAUGCAGGCGCCACAGUCCAAGAGAGGGAUGGAAAAUCACCAAACAGGGUCGGGGGCUGCGCAGAGUCCGGCUUAUCAAUCCAGCAAGCAGGGGAUGGCAACAACCAGGCCAGAGGAAGAGUUGGAUCGACUUACCAAGAAGUUGGUAUAUGAUAUGAACCACCCCCCUGUCGAGGACUAUUUUGGCCGCUGCGCCCGGUGCGGCGACAACGUGGUCGGUGACGGCAGCGGCUGCAUCGCCAUGGAGCAGGUGUUCCACGUGGAGUGUUUCACUUGCAUCACCUGCCACGCCCGACUCAGAGGGCAACCCUUCUACGCCCUCGACAAGAAGAGCUACUGUGAGAGCUGUUACAUCAGUACGUUAGAGCGCUGUUCAAAGUGCUCCAAGCCCAUCCUGGACCGUAUCCUGCGGGCCAUGGGGAAGGCCUACCACCCUCGCUGUUUCACGUGCGUGGUGUGCAACUGCUGCCUGGACGGCGUGCCGUUCACCGUAGACGCCACCUCUCAGAUUCACUGCAUCGACGACUUUCACAGGAAGUACGCUCCUCGCUGCUCGGUGUGCGGUGAGCCCAUCAUGCCCGAACAGGGCCAGGAGGAGACGGUGAGGAUCGUGGCUCUGGACCGCAGCUUCCAUGUUAACUGUUACAUCUGUGAGGAAUGUGGUCUCCUGCUGUCCUCUGAAGGGGAGGGUCGAGGCUGCUACCCGCUGGACGGCCACAUCUUGUGUAAGAGCUGCAGCGCCUGCCGCAUCCAGGACCUCUCUGCCAAAAUCUCCACUGACUGCUAACGCCGCUAGCCUCCGGCUCAUUAUACACACGCACACACACACUAUUGAUGGUUGCAGACAGGGUGUGCCCCUGCUUUGACCUGCGAGGUGCUUCUUUUUUGUUUUUCUUGCUCUGACUACGACAUAAACUUUGCUAUAGUUCCCUCUGUUGGUAUCCAGCUGUAAUUGUGUUUGCAGAGGAACAUUUUCUGAGUCCUGAUGGAGCGAGCACCUUUUAUUCUGAUGUCCUACUACAUUUACUUUUUUUUUUAUUUUGGUACACAGCUGCCCCAUUUUUCAGCUGUAGUUCAGUAUUAGUGUGACGGUGGCCUGACCUGCAGGCAGCUUGGGCUCCACUUACCAUUUAUCGGUACUGCUCAACUAUUAGCUUGCACAUUAUUAUCUUUGUCAAAAACAAUGAAAGUAUGGAAGGAUAUCACAGAUUAAGACCUAAAAAGAAGAGGGUUUUUUUUGGGCAGAGAGGCAUCUUAAAUGAUAAUUAGACUUGUCAUACAUUUGUAAAACACUAAACGUCAAAAGUUUCCGAACUGCCUCCAGACAAGCGUAUUAAAAGCACAUAAUGCAACAACUGUGACUGUACAUAACGGGCUGGUUUGAUGAUGAAAAUGUCGCCUUCAGUGCAGUGAAUCUUUGCAGAGACGUAGCUUCAUAGCAGGACAAAUGUAGAAGACGAGGAAUGUGUAGUUAACCUUACAAACUAUAGUUUUCUUUUUCCUUUAGCUUUUAUGAAAUGCUAGUACAAUAUUUGCUAGAACAAACUUCUCAACACAAUGUUACAGCAUCAUGUUUAAUUGGAGUUCAUCACAGGAUUGUUGCCAUUUUUUUUUAAUCAUCCACAAUAACAUUUCUGAAUGUCUACGAAACACAAUCUUUUGUUUAACACUUGUUGUUGGUUUGAUACUUGACUGUUACAUUGAAAGCGAUGGUGCAAUGAAGUCGGAUGCUUUCUUUUUGUCUUAGGAAAACAGGGUGUCGGUCACUUGUGUGGUUUGAAAAACACCCUGUUUGAAGUUUGAGCCUCAUGUGAAGAACUUUGUACACGUGUCAUUUGGAGGAAGCAUGAAACUAAAGUUUUACUCAAUUGAAAAUGAUUUUUGAGUGAAUAGAUUUACUUUACAAAUACUUUUACACAUUGGUUGUUCUUUAUAUUUGACUAAAAUAACAGUGGACAUAAAUUUGAUGUAUUUUUACCACACAGACGUUGAUAUUUUUGUUCACCCUUGCACGAGACUUUGGAGCUUCAGUAUUUGUUAUGAUCGUGUUUUAACCUCCGUCUCUCCGUCCUGAUUUUGUGUUUGUUUAACUUAAAGGGCCAGAGCAGCUUAGACGCUUUGAAGGCCUUAUCUCAAGGAUGUCAUUCAGUUUCAUCAUCAUUGUUUUUUAAACUGGGUUCGUCUGUGAAUUCUGCUUUUUCUUUUUUUUUCUUUUUUUUUUUUGGAUCAUGCUAAAACGGUUCCGUUGCGUUUUCUUCGUCUCUUAAUUUAUUUACUGCAUUAGAUCAUCAAGGUUAUCAUUUCAUUCAUGCCCCCAAGUGUCUUUUUUUCUUAUAUAUCCCAGCCCACGCCAACUCUUGUGUCAUACUCUUCAAAUCACAUCAUUUAGUUUUCUUUACACUCAAAUCGUUUAAUAUCCUCACUGUGUUCAGUUUGAAAUGCUGUUAAUUUUGGAGCUUGCAGAUCAAAGCCUGCGGCUCAAAGCAGCAGACGUCGGUCCACCGAUGACUUUAUACGGUGAAGUUACGUUAACGGGGGAGCGCGUUGAACACAUGGGUGGUUUUUCUCCCAAUACCGGUUGUAGUAAAAAAAAAAAUAUUAAAAUGUCAAGUCAA